UAUCUCUCAACGUCAAAGGCCCGGCAAACAACUCCUAAUCUCCGCCCGUUACGGUGCAAGCAACACACAAAAUGAUACUCAUUGAAUUACUAAUUAUUAACUUUAUUACAUUUAAAAAAAAAACAUAAUUUAAUGUUUCAUUAAACAACUAUAUAAACCAACUUAGCGACCACCUAAGCAUUUCCCUUACCAUUUACGUUCUCUUCUUUCUCCUCCGACACACUCCAAAACUCAGAAUCUCUCUGAUGUGAAUUUGACUAACUCUUUCGUAAUUUAGGAUCUUACUACAAAUCCUCAAUCUCCGAUCUUUUUCUGUUCAUUCUUCAAAAGAAUUGAGAGAAAAUGGACAACGAGUUGUUUAUGAACACAGAGUUUCCACCACCGCCGGAGAUGGCGACGCAUUUCGAACCACCACCGUCUUCUUCAUCGGCGAUGAUGCUUAACUGGGCUUUAAUGGAUCCAAAUCCACCUCAAGAUUCUUCCUUUAUAUGGGAAAAGUCAACGGAACAACAACAACAACAAAGCAUCUUUGACUCUGCUUUAAGCUCAUUAGUCUCAUCACCGACACCGUCAAAUUCCAACUUCUCCGGUGGUGGCGGUGAUGGUUUUCUUAUCAGAGAACUCAUCGGAAAGCUUGGAAACAUCGGGAAUAACAAUAAUAACUCCGGUGAGAUCUACGGAACUCCGAUGUCUCGCUCUGCCUCAUGUUACGCAACUCCGAUGAGCUCUCCACCACCACCGACGAAUACGAAUUCUCAGAUGAUGAUGAAUAGAACGACGCCGUUGACGGAAUUCUCAGCAGAUCCGGGUUUUGCGGAGAGAGCUUCAAGAUUCUCUUGUUUUGGUAGCCGGAGCUUUAACGGAAGAACCAAUACAAAUCUUCCGAUAAACAACGGUAAUAACAUCGUUAACAACUCCGGGAAGCUGACACGUGUCUCAAGUACACCAGCUCUUAAGGCUCUUGUUUCACCGGAAGUCGCACCCGGCGGCGAAUUUCCCCGGAAGAGAAAAUCUGUGCCCAAAGGGAAAUCCAAAGAAAAUCCCAUUUCCACUGCUUCUCCAUCUCCUAGUUUCUCAAAGACGGCGGAAAAGAAAGAAGAAUGGGGUGGAAAAGGAAGUAAAAGUUCAGAAGAAAAAGGAGGAAAAAGGAGAAGAGAAGAUGAAGAUGAAGAAGAAGGAGAAGGUGAAGGAAACAAUAACACAAAACCACCUGAGCCUCCUAAAGAUUACAUUCAUGUUCGAGCUCGACGAGGCCAAGCGACCGAUAGUCACAGCCUCGCCGAACGAGUUCGGAGGGAGAAAAUUGGUGAAAGGAUGAAGCUUCUUCAAGAUCUUGUGCCUGGAUGCAAUAAGGUUACUGGAAAAGCACUGAUGCUUGAUGAAAUUAUAAACUAUGUACAAUCAUUGCAAAGACAAGUUGAGUUCUUGUCAAUGAAGUUAUCAUCAGUGAACGACACCAGGCUGGAUUUUAACGUGGACGCUCUUGUGUCAAAGGAUGUUAUGAUUCCAUCAAGUAACAACCGAUUGCAUGAAGAAGGACUCCAAUCAAAGUCUUCAAGUCGUCAUCAUCAACAACAACAACUUAAUAUGUAUAAUAGUAAUAAUGCACAAUUACUUCCCAAUAUUUCUUCCAAUAACAUGAUGCUCCAAUCUCCUAUGAACUCUUUGGAAGCCUCUACCUUAGCCAGAAGCUUCACUCACUUACCAACACUUACCCAAUUCACUGACUCUAUUUCUCAGUAUCAAAUGUUUAGCGAAGAAGAUUUACAAAGCAUAGUAGGAAUGGGAGUGGCACUAAACCCCAACAAUGAAUCUCAACACAUGAAAAUUGAGCUUUGAUCAACCAUUUUUUCAUGGUCUCAAGGAAGAAAAAUAAGAAAAAAGGAUUGAUGGGUGUACAUAAACCAUACCAAUAUUUGUGAUUUAUUCAUAUACUCAUCUCCAUUUAUAUAUAAAUACACACAUUUAUGGAAGUAACCUAUAAUUUUUACUUUUUAUAUUUUAUAUUAUCAUCUUCCAAUUCAUUAUUAGGGUUCAAUUGUAUUGUUAUCCACUUUGGUUUCCUUUGGAUUCCUUUUGCUUUUCUAAUGUAAUAUUAUUGUAAGUUUGUUACCUUCCACUAUAAUCCAAGAUAAUUAAUA